AUGGAGGAGGGCUCGAAAGAGAAGUUUGAAAUUAAAAAUGGUAGUGAUCAGGAAGAGAGUGAAGACACUAAGGAGGAAGUUUACAAAGGACAGGACGCGGUUACAGACAUUGUGUGCGAUGAAAUUCAGCUCAAGGUGCUGGACGCAAAUCGCUAUGCGACGAAAAAAACUGUGGCACAAGGGAUGCUGGACAUCGCUCUACUGACGUCCAACGCUUCGCAACUAAAGUACGUGCUUCAAGUUGGGCCCAAGCACGAGUUCUAUACUUUGCUGGUCGUGCUAAUAUCUAUAUCCAUAGUUCUUCAGGUUGCAUCAGCUGUAGUGGCAGUAAUAUUAAGCGCUAUUUUCAACAUUAACCACCAGCCUGACCAUCGAAAAGCUGAACUCCUUAACAAUUUAGUUGCUACUGCACCGUGUGAGAGUAAAGACGUUAAAAUGGCCAGCGGAAGAAUUGUUGUAUAUGGCGGUCGAGGCGCUCUCGGAGCUGCAUGCGUCAACCACUUCAAAUCAGCAAAUUGGUGGGUCGCUAACAUUGAUUUGAGCGUAAACGAAAGUGCCGAUGUGAAUAUCACCGUUCCUAAAGAUGCGUCUUGGGUCCAGCAAGAAGAACACGUCGUGAAUGAACUGGCCAACGCCCUUCAAGGUCAGAAAGUUAAUGCUGUUAUUUGUGUAGCUGGUGGAUGGGCUGGCGGCAACGCCGCUAAAGACCUCAGCAAGCAAGCGGAUUUAAUGUGGAGGCAGUCUGUAUGGAGUUCUACUAUUGCAGCGACAGUUGCUUCUAAAUAUCUUUCACCUGGAGGCCUGUUGGCUUUGACUGGUGCUAAAGCUGCUCUAGAAGGCACUGCCGGUAUGAUUGGUUAUGGUAUGGCUAAGGCUGCAGUUCACCAACUAACAAAGUCUCUUGGUGCCAAAGAUUCUGGUCUGCCGGAGAACUCAUUAGCCGUGGCCAUUCUGCCUGUGACAUUAGAUACAGAAAUGAACAGAAAAUGGAUGCCUAAGGCUGACUUUGGGUCUUGGACACCUCUUAACUUCGUUGCUCAGUUGUUUGACAAGUGGAUCAAGGGUGAGGAACGCCCAGCUAGUGGCAGCCUGGUUGCUCUAGUUACUAAAGACAAUGUUACAGAGUUGAUUGUUCAGUAA